AAAGAAGCAAACCAUAAGAUUGAUACAGAAGAAAUCAAGCAAAAGACACAGAUACAAGAAAAAAAAAAAAUCAAUCUUGAAAAAGGAACAGAAGAAUUCGAAGUACAAAAACAAGAUAAAGAGUCAUGUAUAGAGAACAUCUUAGAGUGA